AUGCACGCCGGGCUUCUGGGGCUUUCAGCCCUGCUGCAGGCGGCGGAGCAGAGCGCGCGCCUCUGCACCAUGGUUUACUACUUUACUACAGGCAGACUUCUGUGGGGGUGGCUGGCCCUUUCUGUCCUCCUGCCCGGCUUCUUGGUCCAGGGCCUGAGCUACCUGUGGUUCCAAGCAGAUGGGCACCAAGGGUGUUGCCUGCUCGCGAUGCUGCACCUCCUACAGCUUGGCGUUUGGAAGCGGCACUGGGACACCACAUCGACUGCUCUGUCGAAGGAACGGGAAGCUCCCCACUGGGGUCGGCUGUGGCUGCAGGAAGCUGACCUGGCUGCCCUCCGGCUCCUGGAGGCCUUGUUACAGACCGGACCCUACCUGCUGCUUCAAACGUAUGUUGUCUUAGCCACAGAUUUCACAGAUAUUGUGCCAGGGGUGAGUGUCCUGCUCUCCUGGUCCUCACUGUCCUGGGCCCUGGUAUCCUAUGCUCAACACAUGAGCUUCAUGAAGCCAGGCCACCCCGUCAUGCCAUGGGCUGCCCUCUUCUGCCAACAGCUCUGGAGGAUGGGCAUGCUAAGCACCCGUGUUCUGAGUCUGGUCCUCUUCUACAAAGCUUAUGACGUCUGGGUACUGGUUGUUGGAGGUGCUCACUGGCUGGUAAUGACAUUCUGGCUGGUGGCCCAACAGAGUGACAUCAUGGAAACCACCUGCCACUGGAGACUGUUCAACCUGCUCGUGGGGGCCGUGUACAUCUUCUGCUACCUCAACCUCUGGGACAGCCCUUCCAGAAAUAGAAUGGUCACAUUCUACAUGGUCAUGCUGCUGGAGAACAUCAUCCUUCUGCUGUUGGCCACUGACUUCCUCCAGGGAGCAUCAUGGACCAGCCUAUGGACCAUAGCAGGAGUCUUGUCUGGAUUUCUGAUCGGCAGCGUCUCACUGGUCAUUUAUUACAGCUUGCUACAUCCAAAAUCCACAGACAUCUGGCAAGGCUUCAUAAGGAAGUCCUGCGGUGAUGCAGAGAAUGAUAAAGCUGAGAGGGAAUCUUCUCCCCAGGUUGUGGCUCCAGCUGGGAAGAGGCCUGGGGGCUCAUGGGGGUCUUGCCAAGAGGAAUGUUAUGAACUAAUGAGUCUCAGGAGGCUCCCUUGUCCAGAGCAGGGCCCUGCAGAGGUGGGGCUAGGGAGCCAGGUUUCUGGGGAGGACUCUUUCCUCAGUCACCACCACUGGCUGUUGGUGAAACUCGCCCUAAAAACAGGAAAUGUGUCUAAGAUCAAUGCAGCCUUUGGAGAUGCCUAUUUUGACGGCUCUUUCCUCCCUACAUGGGGGUUCAGUCCACACUCUAAUCUGCAGAGGAAUCCUCUGUGUCCUCAGCAAGAGCCCUCAUCCUCAUCUCAUGACCCCACAACCUUAGAAAAAGGCUGUGAGUUUCAAGAUGUCCCUAAAGCAGAGGCCGACUCUUUGGAAACCUCUAGUUACAUCUCUUUUGUCAGUGAUCAUCAAGGCAAAGCUCAUGACCCAAAGCCAUCAGCUACACAAGGGGUGAGCACCCCAAAGGAAGGAGCCAAGGCCAUUCCUGGAGCACAGGGGAGGGGUGCCGGUGGACAGCCAGGGGAAGGGGAAGGACAGGAGAGUUCCACAUUAUACUUCAGUGCCACUUCAGAAGGGGCUGUGUCCCCACACCAAGAGGGCAACCCAGCAAAUCCACAGAUGGCCCACUCUGAGAGGAGAUUGAGAAAGAGCAGCCCUGCCCAGCCUGCCUGGCCUCCGCUGGUGGCUAAGCCCUUUCCCAUCACUAUGGCCAACAUUAGCCCCAUCCUAGGCACAGGCUCAUGCAAAAGCCUCCACCCCAGGGCAAGCUCUCUUGGAAGGGCUCAAGGUAGCUCAGAGUGUGAGGAACAGCAGGAGUCUGCAAGGAGCCUAAAUCAUCAAACCACUGUUGGCACCAGGAUAUCACUGGUAAAGUUGAGCCUGAGACCUGCUGAUGAGCCCUGUCUCACAUCUACCCCUAAAUCUGAGUCCACCCAAAGGGACUGUAGCUAUGGGGAAAAGACAAAGCACGAGACGAGUUUUUUCAUCUGACCACAGUUAUGUGGCAUAAGACAGCAGGCCAGCAAACCAAGCUGGUCAUUAGGAGAUAAGAGAAAUCCCACUAUUGACACCUAUACUGACCACAUCACUUCUCCUUCUAGACCUUCAUCUGCAUACCUGAGAAGUGAGGAAGCAAUAUUAGAUGAUUUCUAAGAUCUUCUGUAAACAUUAUAAUCCACACAUACACGUAGGAGAGAAUCUCUCUAACAAAGUGUGGGGAGAAGACACUUCCAGUCCAAAUUGCCUGUUUCUUUGCAGGAACUGCAGCAUCCCUAUUUUAUCCUUUUGCUAUGACUUCUAGUAAACCUA